AUGUCUUCCUGGAAUCCAAAUCACUUGAGUCAGUUUGAGACGCAGCAAGAGGCAACUCAAUACGCUGCAUCCCCGGAGAUUGUCCUUGGUCAACCAACACGCAAUCUUUUCACUGCCGUUCCUCCUGAACCAGAAGAGCAAGAGCAACCGAAGAACGCCACACCACCAAAGGUGACCCAGCCAUUUGGCAUCUCUGAACUGUCUCCUUGGACGCAGGACCAGUUUGCUUCCCUCAUGGGAUUUAACAACAACAAGAAGAAGAUGGCCAAGCGCAAGAUUGGCAAUGGCAGGGGAACCUUGGUCAGUAACUCCAAAAAGGCUAAGGCCAAAACGGCUCCUAAGCCACCUCCAGCAGCUGCCGUCAUGCCUCAACGUGCUGGUACACCACCCAUGCCACCUCUUCAAGGAGUGGAUCGUCGCAAGGGCUGUUGUGAAGCAUUGGGAAAUGAGUGUCCAUACCCACAAUUGGAAGCCUUCCGUCACAAGUGUGGUUCUUGUCGUAUGUUUGUCCAUGCACUUCCCCCCUGUUCGAUUGGCCAGAAAGAUACUGGAGAUAUAAUCUGCAAGAACUGUGAUGGAGAUGGCACUGGAGCUGCCCGUACUCCUCUUCCUACAGUUGCGUUGGAAGAUUUUGAAGAUGAAGACAGCGCAGAGGAAGGCAACAAGUCCCCAGACAUGUUGGUCACUCAGGUAGAUGAUGAAGAAAACGAGGAAGACGAGGAAGACGAGGAAGAAGAAAUGCAGGCCAACGUGGCCGUGGAGACUGCCAAGAAGAGGAACCUCGAAGUGGAGCAGCUUUCCCAGUUCUUGAAUGGCAAAUCCAAGCAGGAUCAGAAGAAGACUCGCGGCAAGAACUUCACGGUGGAUGAGGAUGUGUACAUGACAGAAUCCUGGUGUUCGGCAACUGAAGAUUCUCGCAGCGGAAGUGAUCAGAGGCAGUCUGACUUCGACAAGAAAUUCUUCGCCAAUUAUGUCACCAAGGUGGAUGAGCACAAUGAGGCCGCUGGUGAGGAAGAGCUCCCAAGGAACCGACAGCAGAGGAGUGUGGUGAAUAGGUUUGGAGUCAUCAAGCACGGCACCAACAAACUGAUUGGCAUCAUCAAUCAGAAUCCCAUCAAAUCUGGAGAAACGCCGGAGGACCACCUUGAGCGAUGCUUGACCAUGUACGAACACAGUGUUGGUUCUAAGUUCCAGUUUGUCGAAUGCUUUGAGAUCUUGAAAGAUUUCCCCAAGUUUUCCUCUUCGAAUGACACAGGCAAGAAGCGUGCAGAUGGGAAGAAACACACCAAGAAACCUCGAGCUGUGGGCAAAAGACAGGCUGCGCUCAAUGACAAGAUUGGCCGUAUCCUCGAGAACCAAGGAAUGAAUGCGAUGGGAGGAAAAGCUGUUCAGGAAGCCGCGUCAGUUAGUGAGGCAAUUGGUCAAAUCUCAACUCACCUAGUCAACCAAGUUGCAGUGUCUCAGUGGUCAGAAACAGACAAAGAAGAGUACUUCAAGAAUGACGCCAUGGAGAAGAGGCUCAUGCAGAAGAGACGCAUCCUCAAGUUGCAGAGAGAAAUCAAAGACAUGGAGAAUGAAGAUGCCGCCGGCAAUAGGAAGGAGUCCAGCGAAGAUUCAGAUGACAGUGACUGA